AUGCAAGGUGGAGUGCAUCAUGAAAGUUCUCUAAAAGAGAAAUUGAAAUCUUCAAUGUGUUGCUUCAUGGGCAAGGUACAUGAAUCAUUAGACAAUAAUAAUAAUAUGUUGAACAUUAACACUCCGAAGACACCAAAGUCGUCGUCAUCAUCACCCGCCACCUCGCCGGGCUCAACAUCACGGUGGCUUCGUAGGCAUAACAGCAACAACCAUCACCACCACCACCAUCGCCAAUCGCUAUCUGCGGAUUUUAGCUAUGAUCCUUCCAGCUAUGCCCUCAAUUUUGAGGAUGAUUCUGGAGAGUUGCCUCUGAGAAACUUUAGUGCUCGGUUGCCGCCUUCGCCACCACGGCGGCCAACAACAACCACCUCCAUGGCUCCAUGCCAUUGA